UACAUUGCAUGCACUGAGCGAACAAAAAUAAAUGAAUUAAUUUUGUGGAACAAAGAAAUGCAGCGUUUAAUGUGCAUAGGAGCCUUGCUGCUCAGUUUGGCCGUCAACGCCUUGGCCAUUCAAUGUUACUCGUGCGAAUCUGUUUACAACACAAAUUGUGGCGAUGAUUUCGACAUGGAAGACGACUUCAAGUGGGACUGUUCACACGUUGCGCCGCCUCGUUAUCUAGAAAACGAUUUGGAUAUACGGAACGCCACCGCAUGUAUGAAGCGGGCGUAUAAAGUGAGCGGCAUGCAAAGAAUCGAACGCAGUUGUUUCUUCGGCGAUGUCAACGACACCGUUAUAGGUUGCCAAUUGGAUCCCACGCUGGAUGAGGCGGAGGCGAUAUCUUGUCACAUUUGCGACAAUGAAGACUUUUGCAAUCACAGCAACCAGCCGCAAGCAUGGCCGCAGUAUUUGGUCGUUAUCGGAUUUGCGUUGACGGCUAAACUCUUAAUUUGGCUGAGCUAAAAUACAAAUACAGAUAUUGUUCAAAACACAAGAACCCACUCCAAAUAAUAAGUAGGAAUAAAUAGCUUAAAUUUAAUUUCCGUUUUUAUUAGUCCAUACACGACUAUGUACAUUUCGCACGAGUUCUUCAAAAAUAUAUCAACUUAAAAUUUCGCAUAAAACUACAUAUUUCUGUGUGUUUAUGGUAGAUAAUCAUAUCGGUGGAAUUUGGCUGCGAGUUUUUGAAGCUAAUCACAACAAAAUAUUACUUCUGCUCUGGCUGGAAGGUAAAAAACUAAGUACUAGCUGUUCGUAAUUGUAAUUCUUAGUAUUGAAAAUGAAUUUGAGGUGAAGCUCGGCCAAACAGUUAGCUAAAAUUUUAGCUUAAAAAAUUUGUAUAUAAAAAAUUAAUAUUUUGAGUUAAUGCACUUUUGAAGAGCUCGUGCAAUAUGUGUGUAACUCGAUUUUCGGUUUGGUAGACUGUAGCGAAGUAGAAAAAUUCGAUAUAUAUGUAGAUAGACAUACAAUUAAAAAUGCAAGAAAAAACCGCAAAGAAUAUGUUUUCUUAUACAUAGGAGUAAGGUUAAAAUAAAGUAAAUAGAAAACAACGCGUGCUAAAACAAUGUCAACUAAUUAAAGCCAAUUGGCCAUUUAAACACAAUUCAACAUAACUACUUUACUCAUUUCGAGGUAGGGAUUCGCUAUA